AUGAAAGUAUACUUCCUGUUCUUUGCGCUGCUGGCACUCCCAGCAGAUGCACGCAUUUCACUCGAAGAAUUGAUAAACGCGCAGAAUGAAGAAGUAGGAGGCGAGGGAAUCUACAUCCACCCAAAAGGCCCGCUAAACAUGCUGAGGGGAUACAUGUAUGCUGAGCUAGGAUACAUGCACAACAAACGCUUUUUUUCGCCAGAAAUAGAAACAAAGUACAGUCUUGCAUUCAGCGAAAACAGAUACGUAUAUUCAAGAAAUGCAAGCCACGACAAAGCAUACAUACCAGACGAGGCAGCAAUUGGACACGCCUUCGAAAGUGCAGAGUACGUGCAGCAGUAUCACAGCACGCUUAUAAAGAUGUUUCCAUCUACAAACGGAGGCAGCCUGUCGAUUGUCGCCGGCCGAAAUGACACUUUUUUCAAUGCGCUGGAGAGCUUUAAGCCAAAGGAAGCGAACUAUUUGCUGGCAGCCCUACUUCUGCUGAGCGAGGGCGUGGACGUGCCCAUUGAGGAAACACAACACAGCAUCAUCCUGUUUAAAACCAAAAAAAGCAUGCAGCAAUAUGCGCAGAAAGACGCAAAGCCGAACAUUGCGGACUGCGCCGUUUUUGAAAUAGACUCAGAAAAAAACAGCUCUGUCUCAACCAAAGGCACUGCCCAGAUUGUAAAAUUCUUUAAAAAAUACACAGGUCGGGAUAAGCUGCCAGAUGCAGAGGAGGAGUUCAAAACCGGCGGCUUUUUAAACAGCCCGCAGUUCCUGAUACAGGCGUAUCUGUUCGAGUAUGUAAAAAGUGCAGAGCAGGUGACCAAAAUUGCUAGGUGCGCCCACACCAUACUUAGAAACCUAAGUCCUGCCUGCGACAUCGACGACAUCUAUGCGGCUUGCUUUUUGCCGGCGGAGAAAAAAACUGAGGAAGAAACGUGCUUGGCCCCGCUCUUGAAUCUACAAGAUAUUUUAAAAGAGCUGAGCUGGUUCCCUUUCAACAACCCGAGCACGCUGCCUGCGUACACAAGCGUGCGCGCCUGCCAGAAGGACCGGCCAGAGCUUCUGGGCGAAUCCUUCAGCAACUGUGUGGAGGCUGGGCUGCUUGCGCUGUUCUGCUGCCUUGCAUACGAUCCCGAUGCGAAUGCGUACAAAAUAUCCCGCAUGCUCGGCGAAAGAGCAGAAUGCAACAAGGCAAAGGCCCUGAAGGCGUUUUUCGAGAACCGCCAUGCUGUCCCUGGAAAGUGCGCCACCCUCGAGGCGAUGCAGGAGUGGAACCGCGUAGUCUCCGGCCUGACGUGCAGCCACAUUGCAUACUGUAGGAAAAGCCAGAACGAGCUGCGCUCGGGACUUUUGAGCGUGCUGUGCGUGGUUGCAGAGGUGACCGGCCAUCUGGACGCACACCAAGAGACGCUGGACGCAUUCAUGCGCCGCGCAAAAAGCGAAAAAGAAUCGGAGAAGGAGCUCUUCCUAGAGGUGCAGAACUACGCGCGCGGGCUGCUAAAGGGCCUCUCUGUGAACAACCAGCUGGAAAUUGAGUUUUCUAGCAUGCGAAAGGGCGAGCGGAGCGACAACUGCCCAGAAAUUUUCACAGAGUUAUCCCUUAAGUACACGCACAAAGGCUGCCAAGUAGAGCAGGGGCUGAAUAUAGAGCUGGUUUCUAGGCAUAUGCAGGUCUCUUUGCUCCCUGCCUGCACCUGGCUGCUUAAAAAGCAGAUGGACACAGAAAAUAUGGCGGACCAGGCGCCCGCGAGCUUUUUCGGGUGCCUUUUGUCUGCAUACAUAGACAAAUGGCUGCCAAAGGAAAUGAUGACAGACUCAUCUGACGAGCUUGAAAGUGAAGAAAACGGCGAAAAAGCAUUGGUUUUGAGGACGCUGGAAAACAUAAACAGCCUUUUUUUGGUUGGAAGACCCAUCGACAUAUUCUACAAGAAAUGCGUUGCAAGCGGCCUGCUUCUGUGUGCAAAGGCAAGAGGCAUAGCCUUGGCAAAAGCCCAUCCAGUUGUCCGCCUCAUUUCAAACAUUCUGGGCAGCAUUCCUCUCGACGACCAUAGCACACAGGAGGACUUUUUGACCCUGCCAGUAUGCACAUGCUCGCUGAAGGAGCUGUUCCCUAACAUCAUGCUGGAAAAAACGACGAGCUCAAAGUUGUUUGACAGCCUGUUUAGAGUGCUGGAAGUGAACAUCUACGCAUCCGAAGAUAGCACAGGCGACGUUGACACAGUCAUGGAGUACUUCAAGGCAUACAAAGCCCAAACAAGCACGCCGUUGUUUAAAUGCUACAUGCUAAGCACUGCUGAGGGCGUGGCGUGGGCGUCAAUAUUUUUGUUUAAAGAGAACACGCUGUGCAAAGCCGAAGAGUUUACAGCGCUUCUUCUGGACGUAGACGAAGCGGACAAAAAGCAAGCUGCCGUGUUCAAAGACACAGUGUGUCUUUUUUGGUUUGUAUGCGCGCUUAUAAAAAAAGAGCCCAUCAGCUCCCAUCUGGCGCCAGAGCUGUACAGCAGAGUAUGCCUUGACCGCAUAGAAACCCCAGCUUCCGUGAAGCUCAAGCUGUUUGUCUAUUUGGAAAGCAAAGAGAAGGCAAUAAAGGGCGUUGAAGAGCUGAAAGACCUUCUGGUGAGCAUGGACGGCGAAGAGAAGUAUGCAAAGCUGCUGGGCCUGCUUCAAGAAAUGAAGCCAGAGUGCAGACAGAUCAGCGCAUAG